AUGGAGUAUAUUUCAAUCUUUGGUUUAGUUUCAGUAUUGUUCUUGAUCAUUAGGGUUGAUGCUAGGGUUAAAGGAAUAGUUAAAACCCAAGAUUCGAGUUUCGAUGAGAACUAUGUGGUUACGUGGGGACAAAACAAUGUCUUGAAACUUAACCAAGGGAAAGAAGUUCAGCUAUCCAUGGAUAAAUCUUCAGGUUCUGGUUUUGAGUCUAAAAACCAUUACGGAUCCGGAUUCUUCCAAAUAAGAAUGAAAUUGCCUCCAAAAGAUACUGAUACUAGUGGUGUUGUCAUAGCUUUCUACUUGACUUCGAAGGGAAAUACACAAGAUGAAGUUGACUUUGAAUUCUUAGGAAACGAACAAGGGAAACCAAUAUCACUUCAGACAAAUUUGUUUACCAACGGUCAAGGAAACAGAGAACAAAGGAUAGUUACUUGGUUCGAUCCAACUCAAGAUUUUCACACUUAUGAAAUUCUCUGGAACCCGUAUCAUAUUGUGUUUUAUGUAGACAAAAUACCAAUAAGGGAGUUCAAGAACCUCUCAAGCAAAGGCAUAAACUACCCGUCAAAGCCAAUGCAACUGGUGGUUAGCUUGUGGAACGGUGAGUCCUGGGCGACAGAAGGUGGUAAACGCAAGAUUAAUUGGAGUUAUGCUCCGUUCAAAGCCAACUUCCAAGGCUUCAACAACUCUGGUUGCUUCGUGAACAAUGGGGAGUUGAAAUCUUGCGAUUCUUCUGCGAAUUGGUGGAACACCGGAAGUUAUAGUAAAUUAAGUGACUCCGAUCAGAAGGCCUUAAAAAAUGUGAAAGACAAGAACAUGAACUAUGAUUACUGUUCUGAUCGGAGACUAUCUAAGGUUGUUCCUAGUGAAUGUAAAUGGAACAAGUGA